UGCAUGCAUGUCAUCCAGUUCUGGGGAGACAGGCAGCAGAUCCCUGGGCCUCACUGGUCAGCCUAGCAUCCUAUCCUGUCCCGAGAGAGCCUCUCAAGCAAACAGUGGUAAAGCACCUCUGUUGACCUCUGACCUUCAUACUCCCUGCAUGUGCACAUGCGCCCACACGGCACAUGAACCGACACAUUAAACAUCACAGCCUUUCGCUGGUCUUGGAUAUGGUACACACCUUUAACCCCAGCACCUGGGAUACUGAGGCAGGAGAAUUGCCAUGAGCCUAAGACCAGCCUGGGCUAUGGAAUGAAUGAGGUCCAGUCUCAAACAACAGCUGUCCUAUGCAAUAGUGGGACGUCUCCAUGACCUCUGACUUUCUCCUGUUCUCUCCUUGAAGGCCAAGAGACAUGAAGGAGGUGACGGCUUCCUACUAGACAUUGCCCAUGGGCGGGCUGGGUCACAGGUUUGGCACCCAAGUCUGCCAAAUAUGAGACCUCACCCAGAGUCUUCUGGCUGCAUUUUGGCAUGUCCUAUCAGCCCAUGGGGGGGGGAAAUCUGUUUAGCUGAGCAUAGUGACCAACUACACUUAUAAUCCUUGUACCAGGAGGCUGAGGCAGGAGGAUUGCCAUGGGUCUGAGGACAGCCUAGGCUAUGGAGUCUGUCUCAAACAGAAAAAGAAAGGGAGCCGGUACCACACUGCCACAGCACUCACUGGAUUAAAGAAUACAUAGAUAAUUCUCAGCACGUUUUUGUCAAUAGUUGAGUCAAAAGCACAGAAGUUGAGCUGAGUGCGUCAGUACCCAGUUUUAAUUCUAGCACUCGGGCAGAGGCUGGAGGAGGAUCAGGAGCUCCAGGGUAGCCAUGACUGCUACAGCCAACGAAAUGGCUGUCACUUGUAGCCAAACCUAAUGACUUCAGCCCCGGAACUCAUGGUAGAAGCAGAGAACAGCCUCCUGCAAGUUGUCAUCUGACCUGUGAGCACACACACACACUUAGAAAACAAAACCAAACAACCAAAAAAAAAUUGUUAAAGGCCAGGAGGAAAACCUGUUUCCUGUGAGCACCAUGAUACUCAUGGACAGCUUGGGAGAGUUAGCUCUCUCUCCUUCCACCUUGUGGGUCCCAGACUCAGUCAUCAGGUUUGAUGUCAGGUGUCUGUCCCUACCAACAGAGCCGCCUCCCUGCCACAUAACCUUUUAUAUUGUAAUUCCCUUGUAACCUGGGGAAAUGGAGGCAGGCAGGCAGGUGCCAUCAAUUAGAGCAGGUGGGCAGCGGGUGUGUUUGUUGUUUUAUAGCCUAAUUUUCUGACUCUCAAAGACUGACACCUUGCCACUUGGAGAUCUAGUGACCUGGUAGCUUUCCUGACCCACCAUAUUCCAGCGGGGAGAAGCUGUGUUCCUUAGGACCCGCAGGGUCCGCUGGAAAAUUCAAGGUGUUCUGGGGCAGGGAAGGAGAGAUGGAGCCCGCUUUGUUCAGGGAUGUGGCUGCCGUUCCUGUAAGAUUACGCGGGGAGGCUUAUCCUAGACUCUGUUCUGAGCCUUAACCCCAGGCCAGGUGCACUGGCCAGGUGCAGUCUGGGGAUUUCCCCCGCCCCAGCGGGUCCGCGGAGACCGCGGGCUCUCAGACCCAGAGGGAGAGGGGAAGCUCAGCCGCACGGGUCCCCAGAGCGGGGGGCGUGGCCGCAGGUGCCGCCCUGGCCCCGCCUAGCGAACUCAUUUACAUGCUUCCCGCGGCCCCGCCCGUGGUGGCUAAAGCUACGUGUCCUUGUCCCCCGUGGGCAGCCUCAGCGCGUGCGGCCUCGGAUCGGAUCCCCAGUUCGAAGGGCCUCCUCCAGCCACCACCUCCUGGGAAAACAAGCGAUGAAGACCAAGAACCGACCUCCUCGGCGCCGGACAUCCGUGCAGGACACAGAAGCCACCCCAGGAGAGCAGACUCCCGACAGACCCCAGUCAGGCUCAGGGGGGUCCGAGCUGACGAAGGGUCUUCGGAGUAGGACGGCCCGUGCAGGUGGACCGCGAGCAGAGGUCAGCCGCCGGCGACAGGGGUCUGGUAGCCGCAGGGAAAAUAGUAUCCAGAGGCGACUGGAGAGCAAUGAGCGGGAAAGACAACGGAUGCAUAAACUCAACAACGCCUUCCAAGCGCUGCGUGAGGUCAUCCCGCACGUGCGGGCUGACAAGAAACUCUCCAAGAUUGAGACCCUCACGCUGGCCAAGAACUAUAUCAAGUCGCUGACCGCCACCAUACUCACUAUGUCCAGCAGUCGCCUCCCGGGGCUGGAGGGGCCGGGUCCUGCGCCAGGUCCUAAACUCUACCAACACUACCAUCACCAGCAACAGCAGCAGCAGCAGCAGCAGCAGCAACAGCAGCAGGUGGCUGGGGCCACGCUAGGUGCCACGGAGGACCAGCCCCAGGGCCACCUGCAACGGUACUCUACACAGAUCCACAGCUUCAGAGAGGGCAGCUAGCACCCGCUCUGGGCUCUGGGCUGGGUUGACAGUGCUGACCUGGCCUGCUCAGCUCAGCUCUGGCCCCUCCAUGCCACAAGCCUGACUGAUGAUGACACUAUGGGUAUUUUGUUGUUGACCAGAGUCUCUCUUGUGACCCAUGCUGGCCUGGAACUCCUCAUCCUCCUGCCUUCGCCUUCUCUAUGGCUGUGAUUACAGGCACACAUCACCGUAUGGUGCGGUGCUAGGAACUGAAAAGGCACUCUGUGCAGGCUAAACCAGCUCUUGGCCUACUGAGCUACAUCCCGCAGCCCAAGGCUGAAUCUCCGGUGACUCCAUUUUCCUUGAACGUCGGCUCAGCCAUCAACAUGGGGCAGUUUUUCCUAGCCAGCCAGGGGACAGCAUUAAGGCAUAUUAGGCCCAAAUCUCUGAGGAAAGCCUGCCUGGUCCCUGCAGAUGUUUCCACAGAACAGACAGGAUGGGAAGGUGCUAACCUUCCUCACAGUUCUCUUUAUGUAUGGUGGCCGCGGGGCAAUUCCAGAAAGAACAUCACUUUCCAAUGUCCCUGCUACCGCUGAGCCCAAGAUCCCUCCUGUAUUGUGAGUCUACAUGGAGGCUGGGCCCAAAGCGUCACCCACAAUUCAUCAGGGAAUAUAGCAGAGCCAAGAUGGUAGCUCUUUCUGCACAAGCCGUCUUGAAAGCAGAAAUGUCCUGGGCUCAACUUAACAACUGGGCUUAGAAAGGCCUCAUGGGACUUUAAGUGGAUAAGUGGGUUCUCUCUCUCUCCCCCCCCCCCAAAAUGGAGACUUCUGGAAAGGUUCUAGUGCCCUAGGCUGUGACUGACCACAGCCUGAGUGGGGCCUGGGACCUGAGGCCCUGCGUGGGGACCAGGUAGGGUCUUUAUGAAGAGAUAGACCUGCCCUGGGCCUUCUGCAGGCUUCCCAUACCCACACCCCCCUAUUCCAGGGGUGGACCACCAUGCUUAGUAGGGCUCAUUCUCUGGCUUUUGCCCCUGAUGUAUGGCUAGCCACGUGUUUUCUCACAGGCUCAUGGGACUUAGCUCUUGGUACUCUUGGUGUUUUCUCUGAGGCGGAAGCUGGAGUGACAGGCUUGCCCCUCCCCCAGCCUGAUCAUUAAUAACCAGGACUGGGUGGUUGGCAACCUAGCUGCCUCAAACCCAGCUUCCUUCUGUGGGGCGUUCCUGCCCCACUGGCUCUGCCAGGCUUCACUACUUUGCUGUCAACUGCUGCUGGCUUCUCCUUCCUCUCUUGUCUCUCUGCCCAGAACUGUCCUGGAGUUCCUUGGGGCCCUUGCCCGCCCCCCUUUCUUUCGAGUGACAGGAAUCUCACUUUCAUGCGCAGCUCAGGUUGGUCGCAAAUUAUGCAGUCCAGGCUGGUUUUGAACUUGCGCUUGGUCCAUCCUCCUGCUUCAGCCUCUCAAGAACUGUGAACAUAGGUAUAAGGGGACAGCGCUGGCACCCCACGAAACAAUUAAUAGUGAUACUGGGCCUGGGGGUGUUGAUUCCUCCAUCCUAGUGAGACUUGAUUUUGGUCUGGUCCCUUCACAGAUCACAGGUCGGGUAGACUGUAGGCCUUUGUGUCUGUGAUUCAGGGAUGGGAACUGGGAAAGGUCAAUAGUUAGGGAGUUUGCCAGUGGGAGCCGAGGCCAGGCACAACUCCAAGUUGGAAAGACAGAGCCCAGAUAUCCCUUGCUCUGGGGGACCUGCCCAUGGAACACAAAAGGCCUCUGCCGACAGGACAGCACUACAAACCCAGUGGCUGGCUUCCAGAUGAGCCAAGGCCAGGGCGCAGCUCUUUUUGCUGGCCCUUGCCUGGAAGUACAGCGAGGAAGGGAAGAUGUCUGGCCAAACUUCUGCCCUCAGGCCUGCCUACAGCCUAGGGCUGUCCAGGGCCACUGCCUUGCAGGGCUACAGCCUGGUGGCUUUGUGUCCCAUGAGCGGGCACUCACACCACCCCUGCUUCCCAGAGGAUGCCAUGGGCCUAGCUGUCCAGUUCUUUACCGGUGACAGACAGGACCUAUCUGUCCCUUGGGAGGCUAGGGGGCAAGUCUGUGAUGCCAAUAAGGUCUGUUGGUCUGUCUCCCUGUCUCAAGCCCAGGCUUGUCUGUUUUUGUUUGUUUUUAAGACAAGUCUCAUGUAGUCUAGGUUGACCUCCAACUUGCUAUGCAGUGAAGGAAGAUGAACUUUUGAUCCUCCUGCCUCUACCUCUUGUGUUGGGACUGACUACAGACAUGUACCCCCUGCACCCAGUUUGGGCAGCCCUGGGGACUGAACCCAGGGCUUGUGGCAUCUUUGGCCAGCUUUCUACCAAAUGAUCGACACCCCUGGCCUGGUCUCUUCAUUCCUGCUGGGUAAUGGAGCUAAUUUUACUCAAAACCCUGGACAAGAGGGAUGGAGCCGCCCCCAACUGGGUUGCCUGGACUGUGGAUCCACCAGAGCUGACCAGCGUCCCAUCAACACUGGCAGAGAAACGCGGAGUGUGACCUGUCUGGAAAAAGCCAAGAUGAAGAGAACGGCCUGGGCCCUGCCCGUCACUGCGGUGAAAUAUUCUGUAAGUGACCUGAACUGGCUUUUUCCCCUAAUGGUUCCCUUGAAGUACUAAUGAAAUCGC